UCUCUCUUACAGUACCUAUGUCUCUGAGGUGGGAGUGAUCUUUACCAGAAAAGGAAUAUAAAAGAGGAUGUGUUGUGUCUUGUACAUUUGUCAGAAAGAAGAGAGACUUGACACAAGGCAGACAACACAGAACGGACAACACAAAAUGGCAACGUUAGCAAAAAGACCUCGUAUCGAAUCAAACCCCGAACUUUGUAAGGUCUUGAGAGAAAGAACAGACAAUUUGAAAAUGAAAAUGAAAGACAUUUCCACAGCAGCAGAAAAAGUUAACGAGGUCAUAGACAAAAUUAUCAAGUCUGAGCCUACUAGAAGACACCCUCUGUUUAAAAGCAUGGAGAAAUUGUCUACAGGGAGCUACUAUGAAGGCGUCAAGCUAUCAAGACCAAAUGAAUUUGACAUCAUGCUGAAAAUUACAUUUGAGUGCAACCAGAAAAUUGAGCCGGCACCUAUUGAUGAGAGUGGUGCAUUCUACACGCUAGCAUUUAAACCACAAAUACCACUAAGCGUUGCUGAAUACAUUGACGAUGAAGGAAAUCUACUGGCCCAAAGUAUCUUGACUGACUUCAGAACUCUGGUCAAGGAAGUCCUCCUAAGUUCAGGUGAGUCAGUCUCUGUAAAGAAAAGAGAAUCUUCAAGCCCUGCAGUUACACUCACUAUUCCUAAUGUACCUGAAGCUAUAUCCGUGGAUCUGGUUCUUGCGCUUGAAAUACAACAAUGGCCUAAAGAAGCAAGUGGUGGAAUGAAGAUUGACAACUGGCUUGGCAUAAAGAAAAGACAAGAAUAUAGAAGUAUGCCAUACUACAUGGUAGCCAAAAAACCCAGCCAGGAUACGGAAAACAAUAACGGUACCUGGCGUAUUUCCUUUUCAAAUAUUGAAAAGGAUAUAAUUAUUAAUCAUCAUGAAAGAGAAAAAACCAACUGUCAAGAAACCAAGUGCUGCAGGAAGCCAUGUCUUAAACUGAUGAAGAAUCUACUGGAAACCCUAAAGGUACUUGAACCGCAAAGAAUUAAUGAAUUCAUUUCAUACCACGCUAAGACUGCUCUACUACACGCCUGCACAAAGUACCCAAGUGAUGAAGAUUGGAAGAUGGAAGAGCUGGAUGUUUGCUUUAAUAGAUAUGUUGAAUUCUUUCAGGAAUGCCUGAAAAAUUAUUCUCUUUUAAAUUUUUUUAUACCUUCCCACAACCUUUUCAGUAAAGAUAACAUUCCAAACGAGAGCUGUGACAACCUUUUCAAAGCAUUAGAAGAUCAAAAAACAAAUGACUAUCCAAUAUUUUCAGCCAGAAAGCUGCAUCCUGCAAUUGCUAUUUUAAUCCAGUGGUAUAUUGGUGAGCUCAUGGACUUUAUUCACUCCUUCCGGCAACUGUUAAAAAUCCUCCAGGAACACUUCCAGAGCCAACAGGAUGUUAUAUAAACAGUGUGCUUCUGUAUGCAUGCAUAGCUUCUCAGCCCAAGGCUGAUAUUGUAUCCAAUCAUUUAGUCUGGGUGGUCAUGGUAUUUUUUUUAUUGUAGAAACAAAACAAGCUACACUUUUCAGUUACUUUGUAUAUUCUUCUCUCUCUUAUUGCAGCAUAAUAUAAUACAAAUUGCUAAAUUGGGGGAAAAAGUACAAAGUUUUCCUGCAUCAAUCCCCCAUUAUAUUAUAGGUACAGUUACAAUUUAGGAAUAUUAUCAACUUUUAGUUAAUUGAUUAGCACUUUUUCUUCCUGUAAUAGCUUUAAUUACCUAAACUGUUAAAAUACAUUUGCCUAUUGGCCAUGCCUUAUUAUUAUGCAUAUUAAAACCUAUAUAUGUGGGCUCAAUAGAAAUGUGGAAAAAAUAUUUUGAGGUAUAUAGGUACACCAGUACCAAAUUGCAAUUAAAUUGUUUGAUCAUUUUAAUUAGAAAUAAAAAUAUCCAGUUUGUCUGGUAA